UUGUUUUCUAAACGGUACCAACUGUUAGAUCAACUGGCGCAAGAAAUUUCCCUUUACAACCAGAUUCCAAACCAAAAUACUGAACUUGAUAAACAAUGCACUGAUUUUACAGAGAAUGUAUCUAAUAACUGCCAGAGGAUGUUACAAAUUGUAUCCAGUAUCAAUGCUGAACUGAAAAAGAUCCAUCUUGAUACAAAAAACGAGCAAUCAGUCGAAAUUUCGAAAUUAACAAACCAGAACAAGAAGAUGGAAGCUAAAAUAGCAUCAUUACAAUCCAUAUCGAGGUCAUUACUCUCCAAGAUCUCCAAAUCCCGUAGAAAGACUGAUGAAAAGAUAUUAUCUUUAAUCCAGAAAGUUACAACGAAGAAUUUCAACUUAGAACAAGCAUUCACACAGGAUACAGUCUUAAGACCAUUCACUACUAUCUUAGAUCACAUUGAAACAGAGACCUCCUUCGAAAUUUCAUUAAAUAUCCUAAUUAACCUCACAAACAACGAAGAGAUACUUAAAAAGCUAUCCAUGAUCACAGAAGAAGAGAGUACAAUGAUUCCUUUACGCGCAAUUGAACUCUACGACUCAUUUAAAGUUGAUCCGAAUUUGAUUCUUUGUUUGAUCAAAAAUUUAUCAAAUGAAGAAAGAAACAUCAGAUCAAUCAUCAAGUCUUACUCCAUUGACUUCAUCGCCAUCAACAUUGACUACUUUGAAGACAACAUUGACUUGAUCGAGAUCAUUUUGAAGAAUAUGAUAAAGAAAGAAAACGAAAAAAUGAUUCGAAAGUAUUCAACUGACGGAAUCAAGACAAUUUACCAGUACUUGAAGGAUGAAUCAGUCAGGGCAUUGAUACAAAGAUUCUUCUUCGAUGAUAUAGAGAGAAAAGGUUUCUCUACUCCAAGAAGAUUCGGAAUAACAAGAGUUUACACUUAA